AUGACCGACGGCAACAACUACGAAGUAUUUCGAGAAUGCGUGUCGGCGGCCAUAGUCCAAAGAUCGGAAGUAGCUCAUAAGAAUCCCGCAAAGAAAAAGACUCGAGGCCGACAGCGCGGCGGUGCGGGGACAGACAAGACCAGCAGCAAUGGCAGAAUAGAGAAGCAGAACCCAGAGGAGCUGGCCGACUUUAUCGAUUUUAUUGCAUCAGAGAUAUUCUAUGCGCUGUCUGAUGAGCUGCAGACGCUGUCAUAUUCAAAGACCCAAAACGACGCAGCGCUGGCAGAUCGAUACGAAGACCCUUCUGAAUUGCCGACGUCUGUAAUAGAGGCCUGGACGGCGGCAACUCCAGUGUCCGUGUCAGAGUCGUUGUCGGUCUAUGGCAUCGUCCCCGAGUCGCUCGAUUUGACUGCAACAUUCACGCGGCCGGUCCUGAUAGACUACAUUGCCUCGGCCACGGCUAGCCCUCCAGCAUGGGUGUCUACUCGUGUCGAUGCCUGCGAAAUAUGCGAGCGGGACUGGAUUCCGCUGUCCUACCACCAUCUGAUCCCCCGAGAAGUCCAUGACAAGGUGCUCAAGCGUGGCUGGCAUGAGGAGUGGAUGCUGAACAGCGUCGCUUGGCUGUGUCGCGCGUGCCAUAGCUUUGUGCACCGUAUGGCGAGCAACGAGGAGCUUGCGCGCGAGUACUACACUAUAGAUCAAAUCCUCGAAAGGGACGAUGUUCAGAACUGGGCAAAGUGGGUUGGCAGAGUUCGCUGGAAAGCUAGCUUUCCUUUAGCAUUGAAAUCGCUCAACGCGAUCCUCAUUUGGACGAUGGACAACCUCAAAACGGAGGGCUACGAACAUACAAACUACCUCGUCCAUAUUUACGUAACACAUGCCAAUUCCGUGGUCCAAGACUGCGUCUCCAAAAACAAGAAGACGACCAUCAGCCGCGCCAAAAUUGAGAAGGACAUCACUCGCCUCAUCCACCAGGAUGAGGGACUCUCACUGGCAUUCAAAAUAGCUUGCACUAGCAUGAUUCUCCACACGAGCAUGUUUGACGCCUUUUGGUACGGAUGCAAGAUGAACGCAGGACUCUCUUCUCGGUCCAUCAAGCGAAUGACACCAGAGUAUGAUCUCGUCGAGGAGAUUCCAUGCCCUAGCGACGCUGGUUCGUCAACAACAACAUCUACGCUACUGACCCCAGCCACAUCCAGCAACUGUGGGGACAGUGAAAGUGUAGGCAGUGUCGUGGUCACAAACGGAAAGAAACCCACCGCUGCCGCAAGGAAGAAUGGCCCAAAAAGACCGCCUCCAAAGCGUAAAGCUCCUGCCAAACCAAGAAAGAAGAGUGCCAACACAAAACAAACCAACAACGCCAAAGCUGCUUCUUCAGUGCCCUUGCUCAAGUCCGUUGCAAAACCCACUGGGGUAGUGAAAAAUACUGCUCCCACACAAGAGACUCCCCAGAUACCGAGAAGUACUAAUCGGCCAAUCGGUCCCACCGGACGCGAGGUUUAUGAGAAACUCAAGGCUUUGGAUACGGAGAAAUAUCAUUGGGGUGUGCCGAGCAGUGGGAGUGAUUCGGAGCCUGGCGACGAUGAAAGCGAUUCUGACGAGGAGAAGACCGGGGUAAAUCCUACCGGGGAAUGA